GCGGCGGCGAUGGAUCGGGACCAGGGUGGCGUGGAGGGACACUGGGGGUCCGGGACCGGGGCGGCGGCCCGAAUUCCUGCUCUUCAGCUGCUCAGGAGACAGCGGGUGGAGCUUGUCGAAAAGCUGGAAGAGCGGGUGGAUUGGCUCCUGGAGCAAGCCCUGCAGACGGAGCUGAUCACCAAGGACGACUAUGAAGAUGUGAAGUACGUGCCUGGUCCCCGAAGGAGAGUCCGCACUCUGCUCGACAUCAUCGAUUGCCGUGGGGAGCUGGUGGCCAAUGAAUUCUGCUCCCUCAUUGCGAAAUCUGAAGGUGUUGCUGACACGGGCAUUGGGACGAGCGAGCACCAUGCCGUGGUGAAGAAACACCGGCAAGUUCUGCUGAGAAGGAAUGAGUCGAUGAUAUACUACAACUCACGGGCAGGUGAGAAGGUCUACCUGCAGGACCAGUUCACCGAGCUGCUGCUGGUCAGCGGGCACCCCAGCGUGGAGCUGAAACAGCACGAGCUCCUGUCGCUUGGCCAGCAGCGCAUUGAGCUGCAGGAGCGGUGGGGGCACCAAAUUGCCAUCCUGCCCGAACAGCUCUUCCAGCGGCUCACUGACAGGAGGGUCCCCGGCAAGGUACUGCUGACCGGUGUGGCCGGAAUUGGCAAGACGAUGCUCCUGCAGAAGCUGGCCUACGACUGGGCAAGCGGCCGGUGUCUCCACAACUUCUGGGUGGUCCUGCAGCUGACGUUCAGGGACCUGAACCUCGCCGAUAACCCAGUGACCUUCAGGAGGCUGGUCCUCAGGAAGAACGGCCACUUGGCCAAAGUGCUGGAUCUGGUCUUCGAGGAAGCGCAGGCGCUGCUGAUCAUCUUAGACGGCUUUGACGAGUUUAAAUUCUGCGCUAGUGUGGAUGGAGAUUGUUAUGUCACGGAUCCAGACGAGGAGGGUCAGCUACCUGACAUCAUCAACAGCCUACUCUGGGGAGAGCUGCUGCCCGGCGUGUCUGUACUCUUGACCAGCCGACCCACUGCAGUCGCCUACAUUCCCGUGGAGAUAAUUGACCGCUUUGUGGUCAUCACAGGGUUUUCAGAAAAGCAGAUAAAAGAUUUCUUCCUGAAAUAUUACCAGGACGAGGGUGUCAGCAGCAGGGUCUUUGCGCUGGUAAGGGAAAACCAUUUUCUCUUCACUCUGUGCUUUAUCCCUGCCUUCUGUUACAUCGUGUGUAGCGUGUUGAAGGAUGAGGGGGCGGUGGACCACAAGCAACCCAAGACGAUGACGGACAUUUACAGCCGGUACCUCACCAUGCUGCUGAGACAUCACUCCCGCCCCCAGCUGGACGGUGCAGAAGAUCUCACACAGAUGCUUUGUAAUCUGGGCAGGCUGGCAUACACCAAGCUGCUCCAGCACGAAACCCUCUUCUACCGGCACGAGCUGCAGACUCACCACAUUCAGCUCAAUACCUUUGUCAACAGUUUCCUGGACAGAACCUGCGUUCAGGAGCCAGACUGCGUGGAGGACAUCUUCUCCUUUGCACACUUCACCAUCCAGGAGUUCCUGGCAGCUCUGCACUACGUGUUAGAACCCCGCCCGCUCCCGGACAUCAUGGACACGGACGCGUGCAGCGUGAGCUUGGGAUACUUGGAUAUCUUCCACCGGUUCGUCUCGGGCUUGUUGUCAGAGAGAAACCAGACCUUGCUCUCCAAGCACCUGAAGUUGGGGGAUGCCACCAAACUAGAGGUCCACCACCUGUGGCUGCUGGAAGGCAUCACGGAGAGCUGUGAAAAGGGCUCCGGUAUUUUGAAUUUACUCCACUGCCUGUUCGAGCAGCAAAACCCCUCUCUGGCAGAGAGGUUAACACCCAGGAGUCUCCACAUUCACGUGGGGGACAACAUAAUUUGCCCAAUGGAUCUGAGUGCAUUGCAGUACUUCCUGGACCUGCAGAUUGGAGAUGUGGUGGAACUGGAUGUGACUGCCACCAAUAUUAGUGGUCUGGGCCUGAGGACCCUCCAACCCUAUCUGAAGCACUGUGAGAGCCUGUGGUGUGGGGAGAACAAAUUGGAUUCGGAAGCAAUUCACUUCUUGAGUGAGCUGCUGAAAUCCCAGGACUACAGGCUGAAACUUCUGGGCCUCGGCUGGACCGACAUUGGGAACAAGGAGCUGAGGGAAAUCUGUGAUGCACUAAAGGAGAACAGGACCCUUCAGGAACUGUGGAUCGAGGGUAGCAACGCCGACUACGACGGCAUCUCUGCCUUUGCUGCUGUUUCCUCCAGCAAUUCCACCUUGAAGAAAGUCGUGUUCAUUGGCCACUGCUUGGCGGAGGAGGACGCAGCAAGGCUGAAGCAGGAGCUGCUUCCCGGGGCCUCGGACCGGAUCAUGGCCUGGUUCUGCGACGACUACCAGCAGUGGCAGGGCUGGUGCGACUGGGUCUGCCAGCGGAGCCAGACCUGCUCGGACGAGAAGCUCGUCCAGUUCCUCAGUAAAAUCUUCAGCCACUGUACCCACCGCAGGAUGCUGCCAUGGAUGUCGCAAUGGUGCGCGGUGCUGCAGGAGCUGCUGCAGCAGCGCAUCGGCAAGUGCAGGAUCGCAGAAACCCGCAGGAAGCUGCAGAAGCUGCGGGGGACCAUCGAGCUGCACUGCUGAGAG